AUUAACUGCCUUUUAUUGGUGUCUGCCGGGCAACGAUCCAACAAAAUCAUGGGAAUGUCAAUACCAAGGCAGUUACAUCCUGAUUAGUGCAGUGGCUUAAUUUUGUCGACUGGAUGCAGAAAGAGGACCGCUUGAGACGAUGCUGAAGUUUCAUCGCUCAAAGAGAGAAUAUCAAUGCAAAGUAAAGUACGUGCACUCGCUUCCAGAGCCUAUAAGUAGCACGAACGCCGCAACUCCCAGUUUCACCAUCAUGCUGCGCACUUGAGUUGGACGGGCCAGUUAAUAUAAUUGUUGGCUCUGUACGCACGCACGGUUGCACAGAUGAUGCAGAAGGCCAUGGGGAAGGCACGUGUGGCGACGUGCGUGGUGGCGGCCGCGCUGGUCGUCGCCGCGGUGGUGGCGGCGGUGAUGUCGACGUCGGGCAGAGCCAAGUCGGGGUCGGGCAGGGCGUCGACGGCGCAUUGCAACGAUGGGCAGCUGAUGGUGUGCGCGGCGGCGAUCAUCAGCGGGGCGGCGCCGUCGGCGUCGUGCUGCUCGAGCCUGCGGGCGCAGCAGGGAUGCUUCUGCCAGUACGCGCGCAACCCUGCGUACGGUGGGUAUAUUGGCAGUCCCACCGCCCACAGGGCCAUCGUCGCAUACCACGUCGCCGUUCCGAGCUGCUAGCCAGGCGGCCGACGCUGGCGCGAAGUAUGUGUGAACUGUAUAAUGUGACGUCUCAGGCCCGUACUUAUAUUUUUU